AGCACGUGGACUUUUCAACAAUCAUCUUCCAUUUUAUCGCGGAACCACGAACAUGGCGGACUCAGGAUCUAGUAGCGGUGAAGAUGAGGAGAACACAAUCGCCGCGGAUUUGGUUGUUACAAAAUAUAAAUUAGCAGCAGGCAUGGUUAACGCUGUUCUUAAACAUGUAAUGGAAAAAUGUGUAGAAGGUGCCAUUGUUCUAGAGUUAUGUAAGGAAGCAGACAAACUGCUGUUGGAAAAAACAGGCAGUGUUUAUAAAAAAGACAAGGAGAUAAAGAAAGGUAUUGCAUUUCCUGUCUGUAUAUCUGUCAAUAACUGUAUUUGCCAUUAUUCUCCUCUUGAAAGUGAAGCACCAUUGAGCCUUAAAACAGGAGAUGUCGUCAAAAUCGAUUUGGGUGCCCAUGUAGAUGGAAUGAUUGCUACCGUGGCUCACACAUUGGUAGUUGGUUCGUCCCUCGAAAAUAAGAUCACUGGUCGUAAAGCAGAUGUGAUUAAAGCAGCGUACUAUUGCUCAGAAGCGGCACAGCGCAUGGUUAAACCAGGAAAUAAGAAUAGUGACGUUACUAGUGUAGUUGACAAGAUCGCAGAGGCAUUCAAAUGCAAGCCAGUGGAAGGAAUGUUGUCACACCAGUUGAAAAAGAAUGUCAUCGAUGGAGAAAAGUCCAUCAUAAUCAACCCAACCGACCAGCAAAGGAAAGAUCACAAAGAGUGUGAAUUUCAAGUACAUGAUGUGUACGCUGUGGAUGUCCUAGUCAGCACAGGUGAAGGCAAAACUAGAGAGGGCGAUGUUAAGACUUCCAUCUAUAAGGUCACAGGUGAAACAUACUCACUGAAAUCGAGUACAUCAAGGCAGUUAUUUGCCAUGUUUGACAAAAACAUGCCUACUUGUCUAAGGCAGUAUGAGCAGGGAGAAUCCAAAGCUAGGCUAGGGGUCGUAGAAUGUGUGACGCACAACCUGCUGCAGCCAUAUCCUGUACUCUUUGAAAAACCAGGCGAGUUUGUUGCCCAGUUUAAAUUUACCACACUUCUGAUGCCAAACGCACCGAUUCGCAUCACAAACGGAGACCUGAAACCAGAGGUUUAUGAGUCUGAGUACUCUAUACAGGAUGAAGAGAUCAAAGCUAUUCUUUCGGUAUCAACUAGUCGAAAGGCUGCAAAGAAGAAGAAGAAAAAGGCCGCCAGCAAAGCUGCUGAAGCAGCCGAAGACCCAGAACCACCUCAAUUAGUGCAGAGUUAGAGGCUUGAGCAACUUUUGUAGUACUGCAACAACUCCUCAUCCUCCAUGGCCUGACUUAGAGCCUAGCAAUGUAGCGGGUCACAUUGUCUACAGCUGAGCAAAUUCAUAAAUGAGACUUUUUAGAGCAAGGCAAUCUUUGUCAUUUUAUUUCGCUUUUCUGGUCUUGUCCCUGUGUGCCAAUUUGAUGAUAGAUGAAACGAUGAUUUUAAUUUAUUUAUGCAACAUAGAAAAAUGUUUGAUUCAUACAAACCUUAAAGUAAGAAUUAACUUGUUGUUUUAAAUAGGAAUUUUAGAAAUCCCUUUGUUUGUAUUUGUGUUAAUAUUAGGCACAUCUUAAACAAUUUUAUGAUAAAAAAAGAAUUUUGUCCCAGAAAAAAAACAUCCAGUUUUAAAUGUAAAAUCAUACAUAGAAAUGUCAAUGGCAAAGUAGCUUAGUUUCAUGUGGUAGACAUUUUAAUUCUGAGUGAAUAUGGGUCCAAAUGAAUUUAUAUUUUUAAGUACCAAAGGGAAAACUUAAACCUGGUCAAGUAUAUUUUCAAGAAACUGCACUGAAGCUUAGUACUGUAUCACUGUUGGAGGUGUUUGAGGAGUGUGGUGAUAUGAUGUAAGGACUGCUCUGGAAUGAAAAGCCACUUUAAAAUAAAGGCUAUUGUCAUUUA